AUGGCUGACAUCAUUCCAGCUUCAGUCCCCGUUGAUCCCACGAGUUCACAAAUCCCGGUCGAUCUCUUUGUCUCCAAGAAACAUCCCGGCCUUCCACUUGGCGAAUUGGGUUUCCUUGAUUCCUCCGGCAGCACCGUUUACAAAGUCACCCAUCAAUCUCUGAAGACGACUUCUCACAGGCGCGUGUUGCUUGACGCCGCCGGAAAUCCUCUGUUUUCUUUGCGCCGUAAAGAUCAUGGAUGCUGGGAAGGAUACAAAGGGGGUGAUAGUGAGGAGAAAGACUUGAAAUUUAGAGUGAAUAGAACGAAAAAUAAGCUUACCAGAACCGAGUUGGAAGUGUUUCUAGCUGGUGAGGACUCAGCAGAUUCAGCCUGUGAUUUCAAAGUGAAGGGCUUUCCUUUCCAGAGAUCUUGCACCAUCUACAGAGGCAAUGAGGUAGUUGCUGAGACGAGUCUUAUGUACAAAUUGCACCAGCUUAUGCCAAAGAGGGGAAAAUUUCGAUUGACUAUAUUUCCUGGACCUGUGGAUCAUGCUUUGGUAGCAGCCUUGAUUGUAAUAUUUCUCGAUUGAUCCCGGAUUAUAAAAGAACUGGCAGUUAACGUUUUCAAAAUUCUCAA